CCAUCCCCAGGUUGAGCUACACUACCACGAGCGUGCACAGGGCACAGUGCGCACAGCAGACUAUGCCGCGAGGCCUAACCAGAACCACCACGUCAAUCUUCAUAUCCACGUCCGUCCCCAGAACAACACCACCACUAUGCAAACGCCCGUUUGUGUCCCAUCGCCAUUUCCCUCGACCUCGCUCUGUUACUUGGACUCGGUUCCUGUGCAAGUGCUCUCGUAAUGACGAAGACCCCGUCGACAUGUCCAAGUACAAGGAAGCUUUCUCCAGGCGAAUGGCCAUGGCAGGCCUCAAACCCCACCACCGAAUCGCUUUGGGAGUCUCUGGAGGCCCUGACAGUAUGGCACUUUGUGUUUUAACUGCCAGUUGGAAAACCAAUGGCCUUAAUGCUGCUGGAGAGAGUAGUGGUUUCAUUGAUGGGAUUUUGGCAAUAAUUGUCGAUCAUGGGCUACGUGCCGAAAGCAAAGAUGAGGCAAAUAUUGUGAGCAAUCGAGUUUCUCAAAUGGGAAUCAGAUGUGAGAUUGCCCAUUGUGAUUGGCUAGAUGGUAGGCCAAAACAGGGUCACUUGCAAGAAGCAGCUCGUGACAUGAGGUAUCAAACUUUUCAGAAAGUUUGUGACCGACAUCAUAUUGGUGUUUUGCUUAUUGCGCAUCAUGCAGAUGACCAGGCGGAGUUAUUCAUUCUUAGAUUGUCUCGCAAUAGUGGUGUGCUUGGACUUGCGGGCAUGCCUUUCACAUCUCAAAUAUUCUCUACACAUUCACAUUCUUUUGGUGGAGUCUCAAAUAAUCAUGGUAUUCUUCUUGUGCGACCACUCUUGGAUUUUUCAAAAGAAGAUAUGUACAAGAUAUGUCUUUGGGGUAAUCAGGAAUGGGUGGAAGACCCAUCAAAUCAAAUUCUUUUGUUUGCUCGUAAUAGGAUUCGAAUGUCAUUAAGGGAUUCAUCAUCAUGCAUGUUCAAGUCUGAGCUACAAGCAGUUAUCUCUGCCUGUCGAAGAACACGCUCAUACGUUGACCAAGUUUGUAGUAAAUUGAUAAACCAGGCAGUGGUCGUCAUUAAUCAGGGUUAUGCUGUUAUUGAUUUGCAGAUUCUUAAUCCAUCAAAAGUGGAGGACAUAUGCCUGUCAAGGUUUCUUGCAUUGGUUUUGCAGUUCAUCUCGCAAAGGUAUAGGCCAGUUAGAGGAAGUGCUUCGAAAUUGCUGUUGGACUACAUUCGUACUUUCCCUUGCAAGACCUCCCUUACGGCAGCUGGUUGUUACCUUUGUCCAGUUCCGGGAUCUAAAGGCACCAAAACCCUGGUUUGUUGUUCUGUUGAUUGUCCUUUGCCUUCAAAAACACAACCAUUUCAUGCAUGCACUUAUGGAGAACAGGAACACUGUGUUCCAUGUGAGUUAGAACAAGUUCUAGUGGAUGGAAAAUUGUAUUCAGACCAAUUGGUUCUAGAUGAAUCCAAUGUGCGUUUUUUGAAUGUAACAUCAGAAUCAGUUUUAACUGAAGCCAAAAGACUUGGUAUGCUCAGUGAGUCAACGUAUAGGAAUAUUCUCUUAUUGCAGAGGGAAGAAACCAAACGCUUCAAGUCCAAAAUUGAACUCUCAUCUGAUUCUAACUCAAAGCAUGGGUUCAAAUCUGGCAAUACAUUGCAGAGUGAACCACUUCAACUAGGGGAUGCAUGUUACUUCAUGAGCAGAUACUUAGUGAAAUGGAAAUUGAAUGAGGGAAUUGAUGGCAGUGCAUUUUCUGAGAAAGCUAAUUAUGACUUGGAUUUGGGAGGGGAAAGCUGGCAGUGUCAUUGCAGGUCUUGUGUAGCUGAGUUGCGACACAUGGUUGAAUCUGAUUGGCUGUAUCUUGCCAAGCUGUCAAAAUGUGCGAGUACUUUGGAUAAAUUUCAACAGCAAGGAGUUCUCUCAACUGAUAGAGAGGAGCAAAUACCAGAGAAGAUAAGUCGAUGUUUAGAGUAUGCAAGGUUAUCAGCGCAAAGAGCUCUCUUCUCAUUGAAGUCUAUUCCAGUUGCUGCAAGAGGAGGCCUACCUGUCCUAGUCAAUCCUCAAGGACUGUUACUAAGCAUCCCAAGCAUUGGCUUCAACAGUUGCCCUUGCUUGGUUGUAUCUGCAGAAUUCAAGCCAAGAGUACCACUUGGGGGAGGUCAGAGUUCGUUUAUCUAGUCUCUGUACAUAGCUCAAGUGUGGUGGCUUCAACUAUCAAAUACAUCACGAAGCCCAGCAUGUAUUUUUGACUUUUGUUCUGAGUACUCUUCAAAGUAUCUCGUAAAGUUGGUUUGUAAGCAUCAAACCUCAAGCCGCAAGAGCACAUUGUUGUCCUGUUAUGGCUUAUAUUUUCAUUCUUCUUUCAUGUCCGGUCAAACACUAGUAAAAGUUGACGUAUGGAGAAAUUUAUGUGGUAAUAAUUUAUUUAUUAAACUCACAGGAUUAGGAGUAUUAUA